UCGAGCGCAUAGACCAACCAGUAAUACAUCAACACGUCAUCUAAGAAACCUUUACUAACCUACUACAAGUUUCUGGUCCAGAAGAACCACCAACACUCAAUCACACCUUCUCCAAUAUAUUUUGAAGCCGCCUAUUGAACUUCUCUGUUUUGAGUAUUUUGUGUACAGCGACGAAAAUGAACCCCUUGCUCGCAAGAUCAGUGAUGAAGCGUGUGAUAGCCGGCGGUAGCUGCCGCCGCCACUUCUCGUCAUCCUCCGCGGUGGUGAUCCGCGCGCCGAAGCUUUUUGGCGCGUUGAUUGGGGAGCAUCCGCGGGGGUCACGUAUGGCGCUGAUCGGGUGGAGGCGGAUGAUGAGCACCGAGGCGGAGCAUUCUUCUACCUCGGCGGUGGUGGAGAAGGAAGACAAGAGCAACGUCGCGGUGGCGGAGAAAGGCGGAUUGGUGGUAUCGAGCUACUGGGGAAUUUCAAAGCCUAAAAUCACCAGAGAGGACGGCACAGAGUGGCCUUGGAACUGUUUCAUGCCAUGGGAAACAUACCGGGCAGACGUGUCAAUUGAUCUGAACAAGCACCAUGUUCCAAAGACAUUAAUUGACAAAGUGGCAUAUCGGACCGUGAAACUGCUUAGGAUUCCGACAGAUCUGUUUUUUCGGAGGCGAUACGGGUGCCGUGCAAUGAUGCUGGAGACUGUGGCUGCAGUUCCUGGAAUGGUGGGGGGCAUGCUGCUUCACCUCCGUUCCCUGCGCAAGUUCCAGCAGAGUGGGGGCUGGAUUAAAGCGCUGCUUGAGGAGGCUGAGAACGAGAGGAUGCACCUGAUGACUAUGGCUGAGCUUGUCCAGCCCAGAUGGUAUGAAAGGCUGCUAGUCCUCACUGUCCAGGGAGUCUUCUUCAACGCCUUCUUUGUGCUCUACCUUAUGUCCCCCAAGCUGGCUCACAGGGUUGUUGGCUAUCUGGAGGAGGAGGCCAUACACUCUUACACGGAGUACCUCAAGGACAUUGACAGUGGUGCCAUCGAGAAUGUUCCGGCCCCUGCUAUUGCCAUCGACUACUGGAGGCUGCCUAAGGACGCAAAGCUCAAGGAUGUGAUUACGGUUAUCCGUGCUGAUGAGGCGCAUCACCGGGAUGUCAACCAUUUUGCUUCGGACAUUCAUUUUCAGGGAAAAGAACUCAGGGAGGCUCCAGCUCCUCUUGGAUAUCACUAGUGUUCUUUUCGCAUGAGUUUAAGAAACAUUCAUGAUUAAUUCUAUACAUGCUUCGAUUAACCUUGUAAUAAUUCGAUGUUGGAAGUAUAAGACAGAUGUCAUUGAUGAGAGGAUGUAGAAGAAUCUGUUCAUGCCUUAAAUAGUGGUGAGGUGUGUGCAAGAAUAAGUACUGUGCUUGAUUACCAUCAAGUUUCAGAUAAGUAGCUUAUGGUCGUUAUUUGUUGCCUUCAAGGUGUUUCUCAUUUUUCCUUGGUUUGGUUAUGCGUAUGAGAUUAUACAUUUAUGUCUAUUUGUUACCCUUGAGGUUGAGGGUAGUGAAACCUCCAGUUUGUGACCCUCGGACCAUCUUUUACGUUCCCAACGGCCAGCCCGUGGACCAUCCUCUUGUUUUAUUUUUAUUUUUUCC